GUAAAAGCGUUUUCCCAUUCACUGACUUAUUUAUUACCAGUAAACAUUUCACAAUAAAAAUUCAGUCGAUAUGAAGAGAUAUAUUUUGGUAUUUAUUUUAGUGGCAUUUCUGAUUCUGCCGGACAUCACACAUCCGUUGGAGGCUUUGGAUGAUUUUGAAGUUCCUGUGGAAUUAACCACACUGCGUGAAUACAAAGAUGUUUUGGGUCCUGUUCAACUGAAGGGCAUUGAAGGAAGGACUCGUCAAGUCCGAAAAUUGGCUACCCACGAAAAAAACCUUACGGGAAAAAUGAUUGAAAACUAUUGCUGUUUCUGGAUAUACCAAGCCCAUCCACCUGUUCCCUACACCUGGAAACAUAUGGCCUAUUAUCCCUUUGAUUUCCAAUUUAAUGGCGAGUUCAUAAAGAAUCAACGCAACAAUGGGUCCGAUGUAUAUUCACGAUAUAAGCAGUACUAACGUAUAACAAAAUCAAACAAUUAUACCGAAAAAAUCUCUUUUAAGACAAAUUAAUCUAAAAAACCACUUAAAUAUAAGAAAACCUAUGCAUAUUUACAUAGGUAUCACAGAAAUAAAUGAACUUUGUAUUUGUCCCUAA